AUGCUCGCAAGAGGGUAUGAUGCCGCCGCCGUAUAUAAUAGGAUAUGCCAAUUACUCCAAAUUGAGAACUCCAUACGAAAUGAACAGAACUGGAGUGGCGAGGGGCACAGAGGCACACCAGGCAAGCCUUGGGCCGUAACGGCGCCGGCUGCAACAGCUGGACACCAGGCCGAUAUGGGCGGCCAAAAUGGAGGACGGCUCCCUUUGUUGGUGGACGAUGAGAAGUUGGGGGUGAGAGAUUGUGAGGAUGGAAGUGGGCGCUGGAACCAAAUUAUACGGCGUCGAGGGAGCGAGUACGGUGGCCGAGGGCAGUUCCUCGAGGACGUUCGGCCAGAACGAGGCGAAGCGAGUGUGGCGGGCAGGGCGGACAGGAUGGACACUCAGCUCCCCCCCACGACCAUCGCCAACGGCCAACCACCCACGGCCAACCCUCCCACCGCAAGAGAUCAACCAGAAGACUCCAUACGAAAAUAA